CUAGUGCAAAAUGUGAUAACACCGCGAGACAGAGGUCAGAAUUUCUCUCUCACAACCAUCUUGGAUAUAGAAUCCUGACUCGACACAAGCAUGCCUGGCGAAGCCACAGAGACGGUCCCAGUCACUGAGCAGGAGAUGCAACAGCCGCAAGUUGAGACUGGGUCUGGCACUGAAUCGGACAGUGAUGAGUCUGUACCAGAUCUGGAGGAACACGACUCUGCACAGACACAGCAAGCGCAGCUUGCAGCUGCUGCAGAAAUAGAUGAAGAACCCGUUAGCAAAGCCAAACAGAGCCGUAGUGAAAAGAAGGCACGAAAGGCAAUGUCUAAGCUGGGUCUCAGGCAGGUGACGGGGGUCACCAGGGUUACCAUUCGCAAGUCUAAAAAUAUCCUUUUCGUUAUCACCAAACCAGACGUCUACAAGAGCCCUGCAUCAGACACUUACAUUGUCUUUGGUGAGGCUAAGAUCGAGGAUCUUUCACAACAAGCCCAGCUUGCCGCGGCAGAGAAGUUCAAGGUACAGGGAGAAGCCGUGUCGAACGUCCAGGAAAACACACAGACUCCCACUGUACAAGAGGAGAGCGAAGAGGAAGAGGUUGACGAGACCGGGGUUGAGGUGAAGGACAUUGAACUCGUGAUGUCACAAGCCAACGUGUCGCGAGCGAAGGCUGUACGCGCCCUUAAAAACAACAACAAUGAUAUUGUCAAUGCUAUUAUGGAAUUGACGAUGUAGGCUGCUGGUCGAAGGGGGUUCUGAAAGUUUGCUGGUUUAAUCUACUAUUGUUUGUACAAUUUAUACCCGAGAUGGAAAUAAAGUUGUGGCUUGGUGAAUUGAACUAGGUUUCCCUCUGUAUUAGUUUUGUGAAAUUAUGAAUCGUACAUCUCCAGGACUAGGAUUGAAGAACACUUGACUCAAAGGGAUUUGUCUGAACAGUGGUAUGGAAUACAGUUUAGUCCUCAGAGGUGUAAACUCUGCUCUGUUUUACUGAACUUUCAGAAGUCCCUCUGCUGAAAUGGUAUUGUAGGGCUGGAUAUUUUUCAUUGCUGUGGUUAAAUAUUUUUUGUAAACAAUGUACCACAGAUUUAAGACAAAAGUAUUGUAUUUUAAUUAGCUGGUGCUGGGAAUCUUGAGCCGUUUUGCUACUAUGACUAAUCUAAAGACUUCCAGUGUAAACCGCACCUCUGAGUAACUGAUGAAACAAGGAAACUGGAAGGCACUUGUUCGCUGAAAGAUACAGAUCGUAAUGCCAAAUUUAUGGGGGGUGGAACAAGCAUUAGUAUGACUGCAUUUGAUAUCCUAGAAAUACCUGACUGAUACCUGUGAUAAUACACCAGACAUAACCCAGAGUGCUUCAAACGUAUGUUAACCACUGAUGGUCUUUUUCCCCAUUCUCCUAAUGAUAAAGGCAAGGAAUGGUGGAGUAAUCUUAGAUCGGUGGUCAGGCCAGGUCAACCACGGAAUUGGGUCAAGCAUGCUCCUAUCUUGGGUUUCUACUAAAGGGGAGUAGUCUCCUGAACUUUAAUCCCUGUGUCCAAACCAGUUCAUGAGCAACUGGUGAAUGCUUGAGAUGCAUCCAGCUGCAACCCUGCAGCAGCCUGUGAUUAGCCUGUCAAUAAAAAACAAUACUA